ACACACACACUCACACACACACCAUGGAGCCCUCCAGUGAUGCUGACAUCAGCCGUUUGAAGAGGAGCUUCUUCUUCUUCAUCAGUGUAAGUGACGAGUUUUAUUUGUUGAAUUUAAGACGAAUCAAGUUCAUUUAAAUGAUUUAACUACGAGUAUUGAUACAUAAUUAUUGGGUAUCGAGUAAAGCCGAGUCUCUUCUGCACCACAGUGUGUUUUGGUUUUUAACACAAAUAAAGAAAGUGGGAUGUGGUUAAACUUUGAGCUGUGGUUCGUUUAGUUUCGCCAGUGGAGCCUGAAGCAUCAGCGCUGUUGCUACGGUUACCAGCAUGUUUUAUUUAUAUGUUUAUGACCUACAACAAGAAAAUGUUCAUGUGGCUGUGAUGUGUGUGUGAGAGUGUGUGUGUGUGUGUGUGUGUGUGUGUGUGUGUGUGUGCAGGUGCUGGACCCAUGUGUGUGCUGAUGACCUGGUGACCCUCAGCAGACGAUGCUAAGAGGUGACUGACAUGGAGGAAGAGGAGGCGCCUGCUGCUGUGCUGUCGGACGGAGAGAUCGAAAAUGUUACGACAGUCAAGAGAGAAGAAGAAGAAGAAGAGUCUUUCCAGGAGACGGUGGUAACGGCGGUAACGACUCUGACCACGGUUGUUGGCACGACUACGGGAAUGACGGACGUACAGGAGGAGGAAGAGGAGGAGGAGGAGGAAACUGAUGAAAUAUCAGAGGAGGAGGAAAAUGAAGCGGCGACGGAGGGAGGAGAGGAAGUGGGGAGUAGAAGAAGAAAGUCGUUGGGGCCUUGGGAAUCGGAGGCGUCCUCUGACGUGAAGCCUCCGCUGCCUGAUCCAGCCUUUAACAGGAGGUGCAGCUUGCUCGUCAGUGACGUGAGGUAUAAGGAGGACUUUGAGAAGAUGAAAGGCCAGAGUCUGUUUGUUCCUGGAGCUGAACUCAUUCAUGCCAAGAACAUCAGCGCGGUGAUAUCUGAGUCCAAGUACAAGGAGGAGGGGAAGAAGGAGGCGUCGGUCUCUCUGUACUCCAUCCUGCCGGAGACUCCGGAGACUCAACGCGCCAGAGAAGCGUCAGAGCUGCAGAGCGAGAUUAAAUACAAAGGGAACGUGAAGACGGAGAUUUCCUCGUCGCUUUACUCGCUGCUGCCGGAAACCACAGAGACUCAGUUCGUCAAAGAGCUGACGGAGAUUCUGAGUGAGAACAAGUACAAGGAGGAAGGGAAGAAGGAGAUGAGCAGCAGUUUGUACUCUCAGCUUCCUGAAACCGCUGAGAUGCAGCUGGCCAAAACCGUCCACGAGUUCCAGAGCGAGAAAAAGUACAAAGAGGACGGGAAGAGAAAGGCCUCCUUCUCCCUCUACUCACAACUCCCAGACACUCCGGAAAUCCAGCACGCCCUGGAGAUGUCACAGCUGCAGAGUGAGGUGAAUUAUCGGCCUAAGAUGCUGGUGAAAGGAGCCCCCUCCUCCCUUUACUCUCAGCUCCCCGACACCGCAGAGAUCCAGUUUGCCAGAGAGAUGACUGAGAUGCAGAGCGAGAGUAAGUACAAGGAGGGCGGCAGGAAGAGCCUCUGUCAGAGUUUCUACUCUCAGCUCCCGGAGACCGCCGACACGCAGUUCGCUAAAACUGUGGCUGAGCUGCAGAGCGAGAUGCGCUACAAGGAGGCGGGGAAGAAGGGCGUGAACUCGUGUUUGUACUCUCUUCUCCCGGAGACGUUGGAGACGGCCCACGCCAAGGAAGUGUCCGAGCUCCUCAGCGAGGUGAAGUAUAAAGAGGACGGUAAGAAGGAGAUGAGCAUGAACCUGUACUCGCUGCUGCCCGAGACCAUCCACACCCAGCACGCUAAAGAGGCGUCACACCUGCAGAGCGAGGUGAAGUAUAAAGAAGGUCUGAAGCAGAAGAUUCAGAGCAGUUUGUACCAUCAGCUCCCAGAGACCACAGAGACACAGCUGGCCAAACAGCUGUCUGAGCUGCAGAGUGAGGCGAAGUAUAAAGAAGCUGGAAAGAAGGAAGUGAAUACGUGUCUUUACUCUCUGCUGCCUGAAACCCUGGAGACGCAACACGCUAAAGAGGCCGGGGAGCUGCUCAGUGAGAUUAAGUACAAGGAGAGCGGGAAGAAGGAGAUGUCCAGCUCUCUGUACUCCACUCUGCCCGACACCUCACAAACCAGCUUCGCCAGAGAGAUGACUGACAUGCUGAGCGAGAACAAAUACAAAGAGGACGGGAAGAAGAGCCGCUCUCACAGCAUCUACAGUCAGCUGCCCGAGACCGCCGAGAUGCAGUUUGUGAAAAACGUCGCCGAGCUGCAGAGCGAGAUGAAGUACAAAAAGGGAAAGAAAGACGUGUCCAGCUGUUUGUACUCCACCCUGCCUGAGACUCUGGAGACGCUUCAUGCCAAAGAAGCUUCUGAGCUGCAGAGCCAGCUGAAGUACAAGGCGGCUCUGAAGAAAGGUCUCGGCUCCAGCCUGUUCCACCUGCUGCCCGACACCUUAGAGACGGCCCACGCCAGAGACGUCUCCGAGCUGCUCAGCGAGGUGAAGUAUAAAGAGGACGGUAAGAAGGAGAUGAGCAUGAACCUGUACUCGCUGCUGCCUGAGACCAUCCACACCCAGCACGCUAAAGAGGCGUCACACCUGCAGAGCGAGCUGAAGUACAAAGAAGGUCUGAAGCAGAAGACUGAGAGCAGUUUGUACCAUCGCCUCCCAGAAACCACAGAGACACAUCUGGCCAAACAGCUGUCUGAGCUGCAGAGUGAGACCAAGUACAAGGAGGCAGGUAAGAAGGAGGCGAACACCUGCCUGUACUCGCUGCUGCCUCACACCAUGGAGACGCAGCACGCUAAAGAAGCUGCAGAGCUGCUCAGCCAGAUCAAGUACAAAGAAGGCGGGAAGAAAGAGAUGUCCAGCUCCCUGUACUCAUCUCUGCCCGACACCUCUGAAACCAGCUUCGCCAGAGAGAUGACUGACAUGCUGAGCGAGAACAAGUACAAGGAGGACGGGAAGAGAAGCCUCUCUCAGAGUUUUUACUCUCAACUCCCAGAAACAAGCGAGACUCAGUUUGUUAAAACUGUGUCUGAGCUGCAGAGCGAGAUGAAGUACAAAGAAGCGGGAAAGAAAGGAGCGACAAAGUCUUUGUACUCGACGUUACCCGAGACUCUGGAGACUCAACACGCUAAAGAGGCGUCGCAGCUGCAGAGUCAGCUGAAGUACAGGCAGAGUUUACAGAAAGACGCCUCCAGUCUUUUCCACCUGAUGCCAGAGACCAUCGAGACCCAGUUUGUCAGAGAGCAGACGGAGAUGCUCAGCGAGGUCAAGUACAAAGAGGAGGGUAAGAAAGAGAUGAGCAUCAACCUGUACUCUCUGCUGCCCGACCCCAUCGACACCCAGCACGCUAAAGAGCUGACGGAGAUGCAGAGUGAGGCUAAAUACAAAGAGGCCAGUAAGAAGCAGGCGUCUACGUCUCUGUACCAUCGACUACCAGAAACCCUGGAGACACAACACGCUAAAGAGGCGUCACAGCUCCAGAGUCAGAUCUUGUAUAAAGAGGCCGGUAAGAAGGAGAUGUCGUGUCCAGUUUACCACCAGCUGCCGGACACUCUGGAGAACCAGUUUGCCCGAGGGCUAACGGACAUGCAGAGCCAGAACAAGUACAAGGAGGACGGGAUGAGGCGCCUCUGUCAGAGCUUCUACUCUCAGCUGCCGGAAACCGCCGAGACUCAGUUUGCUAAAAGUGUCUCUGAGCUGCAGAGCGAGACAAAGUAUAAGAAGUCAGGGAGGCAGGAGGCCGGCAGCUGUCUGUACUCUGUGAUGCCUGAAACCCUGGACACUCAACACGCCAAGCAGGCCUCACAGCUCCAGAGCCAGGUGAAGUACAAAGAGGACGUGCAGAAGGAUUUGUCGUCGUCUCUGUUCUCCAGCCUUCCUCAGACCCUCCAGACUGAGCUGGCCAAGGAGGUGACGGAGCUGCAGAGUCAGGUGAAAUACAGAGAGGGCUGCAAGAAGGAGGCGGCCUCCUCCCUGUACCGCCUCCUCCCCGAGACGCCACAGAUGCACUUUGCCAAACAGAUGUCGGAGAUCCAGAGCGAGACAAAGUACAAGACGGACAAAGAGGAUCUGCCCAACACUCUGUUCUCGCUGCUGCCCGAGACUCUGGAGACUCAGUUUAUCAAAGAGAUGUCGGAGACACACAGCGAGGUGAAGUACAAACAGGCAGGGAAGCAGCAGGCGGCGUCGUCUCUUUACUCCAAACUUCCUGAGACUCUGGAGACGAAACACGCCAAAGAAGCGACGGAGCUGCAGAGUGAAAAAAAGUACAAAGACGAAGGGAGGAAGGAGAUGACGUCGUCUCUUUACUCUCAGCUCCCUGACACUGCAGAGACCCAGUUAGCCCGCGAGAUGACUGAGAUACAGAGUCAGAACAAGUACAAGGAGAGCGGGAAGAAGAGUCAGACCGUCAGCGUUUACUCGCAGCUUCCAGAGACCAACGAGAUCCAGUUCGCCAAAGCUGUUUCUGAAAUACAGAGCGAGACCAAGUAUAAAGAAGCAGGGAAGAGAGAAGUGUCCAGCUCUCUGUACUCGAAGCUUCCCGAGACUCUGGACACGCUGCGCGCUAAAGAGGUGUCACAGCUGCAGAGUCAGGUGAAGUAUAAACAGGACAGUAAGACGGAGGCGAGCGGCUCUCUGUAUCACCAGCUUCCUGAAACCACAGAGACACAGCUGGCUAAAGAGCUGAGAGGCGUUUACAGCGAGGUGAAGUACAAAGAGGAGGGAAAGAAGGAGAUCAGUAAGAACCUGUACUCGCUCCUCCCCGAGACGGCCGAGACGCACUUCGCCAAGCAGAUGUCAGAGAUACAGAGUGAGUCGACGUACAAGAAGGACAAAGAGGAUCUGCCCAACACUCUGUUCUCGCUGCUGCCCGAGACUCUGCAGACUCAGUUUGUCAAAGAGAUGGCGGAGACACACAGCGAGGUCAAGUACAAGGAGGCGGGAAAGAAAGAGGCCAGCAGCUCCCUGUACCACCUGCUGCCUGAGACUCUGGAGACGCAGCGUGUUAAAGAGGUGACGGAGCUGCAGAGCGAGAACAAAUACAAGGAGAGCGGGAAGAAGCUGAUGUCGUCCAGUCUGUACGCUCAGCUGCCGCACACGGCCGAGACGCAGCUCGCCGCCAAGAUGUCUGACCUGCAGAGCGAGAGUAAAUAUAAAGAGGAAGGGAUCAGGAGCCUCGCUCAGAGUUUCUACUCUCAGCUGCCGGAGACCGCCGAGACGCAGCUCGCCAAAACCGUCUCUGAGCUGCAGAGCGAGGCCAAGUACAAGGAGGCGAGCAGGAAGGAGGCGACCAGCUGUCUGUACCAUCAGCUCCCCGAAACUCUGGAGACGCAACAUGCUAAAGAGGCGACGGAGCUGCAGAGUCAGGUGAAGUACAAGGAAGGUAAGAAAGAGCUGAGCUGCAGCCUGUACGCUCUGCUGCCGGAGACCGAGCAGAUGAAGUUCGCUAAAGCCGCCACGGAGCUUCAGAGUGAGAAUAAAUACAAGCAGAAAGGCAGACAGGAGAACAGCAUCAGCGUUUUCCACCAGAUGCCCGAGACCAAAGAGACAGAGUUUGCUAAACAGAUCUCUGAGCUGCAGAGCGAGACAAAGUACAGGAAGGACAAAGAGGAUCUGCCCAACACUCUGUUCUCGCUGCUGCCGGAGACUCUGGAGACUCAGUUUGUCAAAGAGAUGGCGGAGACACACAGCGAGAGUAAAUACAAGGAGGCGGGUAAGAAGGAGCUGAUCAGCAGUUUGUAUCAUCUGCUGCCUGAGACCAAAGAAACUCAACACGCCAAGGAGCAGACUCACCUGUACAGUGAGAAAGCCUACAGGGAGGAGGGGAGGAAGGAGGCCGGCUGCAGCCUGUACGCCCUGAUGCCCCAGACCAUCGAGACGGUGUUCGCCAAAGAGCUGAGCAAGACGCAGAGCGAUAAGUUUUACAAGGAGCAGUAUAAUCGGGAGAAGGGGAAGUCCAGCUACACCAACAUGAAGACACUGCCUGAGGUGGAGCACGCCAUGGAGGUCAACAAGAACCAGAGCGAAAUCGGCUACAGAAAAGGUAAAGAGGAGCUUCAUCACUACAACACGGAGCCAGACAGACCUGACAUCAUCAACGCCGCCAACGCCGCUAAACUGGCCAGCGACGUGGCCUAUAAGAGUAACACUAAGCAGCUGGUUUACAGCGACUGCUCUCUUUUGGCCAGAACUGACAUCCAGCACGCCAAGGAGGUUUCAAAACUCGCCAGCCAGGUGAAGUAUAAGGAGAGUUUCGACAGACAUUUAAAGGGCCAGAGGCCGCGGUACAACCCCCUCGACUGUCUCUCCUUCAAACACAAACAAGCUGCUGCUGCUCUGGCCAGUCAGGUGAAGUACAAGACAAACCAGAACCAGAAACCGGAGGGAUCCUCAGACCUGCCGAACCUGCUGCAGCUGGAGCACGUCCUGCACGCCACCAAGCUGCAGAGCAACGUGGAGUACAAGAAGAAGUACGAACAGACGAAGGCUCAUUACCACGUUGCUCUGGACACGGCUGAACAGCUCCACCACAAGGAGAACGCAGUGCUGCACAGCCAGGUGAAGUACAGAGAGGAGUAUGAGAAGAACAAAGGUCGCUCUCAGAUGGAGUUUGGAGACACUCAGACGUACAGAGUGUCGAAAGAAGCACAGAAGAUGCAAAGCGAGAGAGAGUACAGGAGGGACUAUGAGGAGCAGAUGAAGGGGAAAGCUUUGGUGGACGUAGACCAAACACCUGGAUACCUGACAGCACGCCAUGCCAGCAGUCUGCUGAGCGAGAAGGAGUACAGGAAAGACCUAGAACAGGAAGUGAAGGGGCGUGGCUUAUCUGGCCUCGGGCUGGAGGACACACCGGAGCUGCUGAGGGUGAAAAACGCCAAUCAGAUCCUGAACCAGAAGGAGUACCGCAGGGACAUGGAGAGGGACGUCGUGGGUAAAGGCAUGGAGCUGAGCGCCGACGUCCUGGAGAUACAAAGAGCCAAGAGAGCGUCAGCGAUCCAGAGCCAGAGGUCGUACAGGCAGACGGAGCAGCUCAGAGAAACCUCUUACGGGACGGUCACAGACACUCCUGAGCUGCUGCACGCCUCCUACCUCCGAGACGUCUACAGUCAGAAGAAGUACAAGGACGAGGCCGAGCGGCUGAAGGGAAGUUACAGUCUGGUGUCUGAAACCCCGGAGAUGGAGCGAGUCAAAGCCAACCAGAGACACAUCAGCUCUCUGCGAUACAGCUGGGACUCCAAGCUCAUGAGAGGUCUGAUGUCUUCGGUCGCAGAGACGCCAGAGAUCGUCCUCGCCAGAGAGAACGCCAGGAAGAUCAGUGAUGUGCAGUACAGGGAGGAGGUGGGUCACGGCACCGCCGUCAUAGACACACCUGAGAUGGAGCGAGUCCGACGUAACCAGGAGAACAUCAGCUCAGUCAAGUACAAGCAGAGCGCAGUGAAGGCCACGAGCGUCGGAGUGACGCCCGAGCUGGAGAGAGUCCGACAGAACCAGGACAACAUCAGCUCGGUGAAGUAUCAGCGCGGGCUGCAGGAGGUGAGGGGGCGGAGCUGCACCGAGCUGGACACACCCGAGUACAGGCGUGUCAGGAGGUCUCAGGACUCGGUUUCCAUGGUAGCGGCCCGGUUGCCGUGGCUCCCACCAGGGCUGUGGGAGGAGCUAACUUGAGUGAUGUGGCACCGCGGUUGGGGCUGUCGCACCGAGACUAACACGCAUCACCAGAGAGCAGGGAGUGUGUGUGUGUGUGUGUGUGUGUGUGUGUGUGUGUGUGUGUGUGUGUGUGUGUGUGUGUGUG